CGGGAAUUAUUUUUUUUUAAAAUGUAUUUUGUACGUAUGUUAUAUAUACAGAAUAUUCUUUUGUAAGUGGACCUAAUGCAAAUGGGCAAGACCCGACAAAAGAAUCAGAAAGUUAAAACACACAAAGUGAAGAAUAAGAGAGCGAGAGAGAGUCAGAUGAACAGUAUCUUCUCGAUUGACGAUUUCUCCGAUCCCUUUUGGGAAGCACCUCCGCCUCUUAAUUCGGACUCGGCGAAGGUUGUUCCGGCGGAGGAAGCUAGUCAGAGUCAGCCGGAAUGGACUUUCGAGAUGUUUCUGGAAGAGAUUUCUUCGUCGGUGAGCUCGGAGCCAGUGGGAAACAACAACAACAACAACGCGAUCGUCGGAGUUUCUUCGGCGCAGUCUCUUCCUUCUGUUUCGGGACAGAAUGAUUUCGAGGACGACAGUCGAUUCCGCCGCGAUCACCACGAUCGUGAUUCGGGAAGCUGGGAUUGCGCUGCUCCGCCUCCGCCAAAGACGGUGAUUGUUGAUUCCGAUGAUGAUUACCAUCGCGUUCUCAAGAACAAGCUUGAGACCGAGUGCGCUACUGCUGUGGCUCUUAGGGAGUGUGGCUUAACAUGGCAAAUCAGUUCUUUGAUGAGCCCUGGAGAAUUUGGUGUGUCUUCUUCAGUACCGUCUGAGCUGAAAAAAUCUGGUGGACCAACGAAGCAGGUUACGAGUGGAUCAUCGAGAGAAUAUUCUGAUGAUGAUGACCUUGAUGAAGAGAAUGAAACCAGUGGUUCAUUGAAACCAGAGGACGUAAAAAAAUCUAGAAGGAUGCUGUCAAAUCGAGAGUCAGCUAGGCGAUCUAGAAGGAGAAAGCAGGAGCAAACAAGUGAUCUCGAAACACAGGUUAAUGAGCUUAAAGGUGAACAUUCAUCACUAUUGAAGCAACUGAGCAACAUGAAUCACAAGUAUGAUGACGCUGCUGUUGGCAACAGAAUACUAAAAGCUGACAUUGAGACAUUAAGAGCAAAGGUGAAAAUGGCGGAAGAAACCGUGAAGAGAGUAACAGGAAUGAAUCCACUGCUUCUCGGGAGAUCAAACGGAUAUAGCAAUAACAACAGAAUGCCAUUAACUGGUAACAACAGGAUGGAUUCUUCUUGCAUUCCAGCUUUUCAACUACAAUCAAACCUAAACCAUUUGGCAAACCCCAACAUCGGAAUCCCAACCGUUCGAUCUCCAAGAGUGGAUAACAAUUUCGCACAUCCUCCAUCCUUAAACUCCCAAACUAACUCUCACCUGCAGAGAAUAAGGAAUGGGCAAAAUCACCACGUUGCUCCGAGCACUAGCCCGUAUGCCUGGAAUACCGAAGCUCAGAACGAUUCAGCAUGCGUAGGAUUAGCCAAAGUCGGAGGUCGAAGCAGUUCUGUAAAGGAACUCGAAGUAGCCAUCGUGAAAGCCACGCGACACGACGAAUAUCCAGCGGAGGAGAAAUACGUCAGAGAGAUCUUAAGCCUAACCUCUUACUCACGCAACUACGUAAGCGCUUGCGUGAUAAUCCUCUCCAGACGUCUCAACAAGACCAAGAACUGGUCGGUUGCUCUCAAAACCCUGAUUUUGAUCCAACGGCUGCUAAGAGACGGUGAUCGAGCCUACGAGCAAGAGAUCUUCUUCGCGACCAGGCGAGGAACGAGAUUGCUUAACAUGUCUGAUUUCAGAGAUGCGAAUCGGUCUGAUUCCUGGGAUUACUCUGCUUUUGUUCGGACUUAUGCUCUGUAUUUGGACGAACGGCUUGAUUUUCGGAUGCAAGGAAGGAGAGGGAAAAACGGUGAUGGUGGUGAUUCCGGUGAGGAAGAGGAUCACCGAGAGAGCAAUGCCGAUAAUCGGUCGAGAGCUCUUGUGGUGAAGUCUAAACCGGUCACAGAGUUGAAAACAGAGAAAAUCUUUACCAGAGUACAACAUUUACAACAGCUUCUUGAUCGGUUCUUGGCUUGUCGUCCUACAGGCAAUGCGAAGAACGACAGAGUGGUGAUUGUGGCUCUGUAUCCGAUAGUAAAAGAGAGUUUUCAGAUAUAUUACAACAUAACAGAGAUCAUGGGAGUAUUAAUAGAUCGAUUCAUGGAAUUAGACAUUCACGAUUCGAUCAAAGUCUACGAUAUCUUCUGCCGAGUUUCUAAACAGCUCGACGAGUUAGAUCCGUUUUACGGAUGGUGCAAGAACAUGGGAGUUGCAAGGUCUUCAGAGUAUCCAGAAUUGGAGAAGAUUACACAGAAGAAACUUGAUCUCAUGGAUGAGUUUAUAAGAGAUAAAUCUGCCUUAGCUGCACAAACACAAAGGUCAUCAUCGAAAAAGUCUAACAAAUCUGAGGAGGAGGAGAGAAAAACAGAGGAAAUUCAAGAAGAAGAUCCAAACUCCAUGAAAGCAUUACCAGCACCACCGGAACACGAAGAAGAAGAAGAAGAAGAAGAAGAGGAAAAAGAAGAAAUCGAAGCAAACAAAGAUAAUCAAGAAGUGGUUUCAAGACAAGAUCAAGAAGGUGAUUUGCUGGAUCUAUCAGGUGACGCAGGUGAAACGGCGGGAUCGGUUGGUGAUAGUUUGGCGUUAGCGUUAUUCGAUGGAGCGGCUGCGACUGAAACAGCGUCUGGACCGGGGUGGGAAGCGUUUAACGAUGAUUCGGCGGAUUGGGAGACGGCUCUGGUGACAUCGGCGACGAGAUUGUCGGGACAAAAGAGUGAACUUGGAGGAGGGUUUGAUAAGUUGUUGCUCGAUGGAAUGUAUCAGUACGGUGCGGUUAAUGCGGCUGUAAAAGUAUCUACAGCUUAUGGAAAUAGUGGAAGUGCGAGUAGCGUUGCGUUUGGUUCUGCAGGAAGACCAACAGCUUCAAUGUUGGCGCUUACCGCACCGCCACCGAUGGCCAACGGAAAUAGAAUCGGAAGCCAAAGUCCGGUGACGUUGGACCCAUUCGCGGCGUCACUAGAGGUGGCUCCACCACCGUACGUGCAAAUGAAUGAUAUGGAGAAAAAACAGAGAUUAUUAAUGGAAGAACAAAUGAUGUGGGAUCAAUACAACAGAAAUGGAAGACUAGUAGCAGAGAUCCACAAGCAUCUUAUGGUGCCUUGGAAUGAUCUGAGGAAAGGUGAUUGCUGUGGACGCUUCGAAGCUAUCAGCGAUGGCUACUAUUGCAAGAGCUGUGAUUUUUUCGUCCACAAGAAAUGUGGCGAGUCCUCUACACGUAUCCAACACCCAUCUCACCCCAACCACACUCUCUUUCUUGAUUAUAGAUCUAUAGUACCGCAUAGAAGUUGUAACUAUUGUGAUUUAUGUGGAAAAGAUAUCGAGAAACUAUGCUAUCGUUGUGGCCAGUGUGACUUCGACGUACAUCUACACUGUACCAAGUACCCACCACUAGAUGUUAUCGACGUUUCCGAGAUGCAUCCUCACAAGCUCACACUUUUCAAGGAACUGAUCGAGUUCGAGUGUUCUGCUACAUGCGGCAAGACUGGUCCUAGCAACCAUGGUUUCCCUUACAAAUGCCAUGAAUGUGACUCAACCUUCCAUGUGGAUUGCUUGUCGUAUCCGUCGGAGGUAAACCACUCGUACCACUCCUUACACCCUCUUAAGCUCCUAACAAGUCCACCAGGGAAUUAUUUUGAUGGUAGAUGUCGUCUUUGCGGGAAGGAGAUCUAUGAUAAGUUAUUUUAUCAUUGCUCUUCAUGUAACUUCAGCUUGGAUGUGUAUUGUGUGUCAACCCCACCACCACAGUCUCUUGUGGAUUUGAAAGUCCAUCAUCACAAACUCUUGCUUCUCCCAAGACUCGAUUCUUUUACAUGUAAUGCUUGUGGGCUGAAGGGAGACCGAAGCCCUUAUGUAUGUGUUGAAUGUGGUUUCAUGAUCCAUCAAGACUGUCUUUCCCUGCCACGCCUCAUAAACAUCAAUCGCCAUGAGCAUCGUGUCUCUCGCACUUCUGUGAUUGGUGUUGUGAACUCUGUGUGUGGAGUAUGUCGCAAGAAAGUGGAUUGGACUUGUGGGGGUUAUUCUUGUCACAAGUGUCACGGGUAUGUCGUUCACUCGAAAUGCGCUACAAGAAGAGAUGUGUGGAACGGGAAAGAACUCGAAGGAGAACCCGAAGAACCAGAAGACGAAAAGCCAUAUGUGGUAAUAGAUGCCAACACAAACACAAUACAACAUUUCAGCCACAAAGAGCAUUACCUAAGACUCAAGGACGCUAAUGAUGAUGCUCUACGCGACGACAACAAGCAUUGCAACGCAUGUACACACCCCAUCUCUCUCGAGUCCUUCUAUGGCUGUAUGGAUUGUGAUUUUGUUAUCCACCAAAACUGCGCUGGAUUUCCGACAAGGAAACGGCAUGUGUUACACAACGACCGGCUUACUUUAGUUACAGACGAGGACAGUUGGUUCUGUUGUGAUGCUUGUUAUGAAGUUUCCAAUGGUUUCAGGUACCGUCAUAGAGGUGUGAGGUUUGAUGUCCUGUGUGGUUCGAUCUCUGAGCCAUUUGCCCAUCCAAGUCAUCCACUUCAUCCUUUAUAUUACAUUCCACACGACGAAAGAGAAAUCUGCAAUGGUUGCAACUUGGAGAAGUCGGAUGUGCUCAGGUGCAUUGAAGAUGGUUGUGUGUUCAUCUUGUGCUUCAAAUGCGCCACUUUACCCCAAACGGUAAACCAUAGAGUUGAUGAUGAUCCUCUCUCGUUGUGCUACGGAGAAGAGGCAAGCGGCGGUAAAAACUGGUGUGACAUUUGUGAGAAAGAAGCCAACCCAAAGACGUGGUUCUACACGUGUGUUACACGCGCACGCGCUGCAUAUACCCUAUCUACUUGA